AAAUUAAAAUUUUUGAGAUCCAAUUAUGUAUUUAAAAUUUGCUAUAAAUCAGAUAAAGUGUAUCAUGUUUUGACCUUUUAAGUACAAAAACGAAAGAGUCCAAACUAUUGUCAGUUUAUGCCAUUCGUUUGUUUCCAAUUGGCUAAAAACAUAGCUGACGUGGUAGACCAGGUUCAGCUGAUAAUUUAUCUGCAAAUAUGCCACGUAAGCGGGGGGCCACACGCCAGGAUACAUUGAACGUAUCCUUUUUCACUCCCUCCUAAAUUAGAAAAAAAAAAGAGAAAAAGAAAAGAAAAGGAAAAAAAAAGCUCUUGUUUAUUUAUUAUUUAUUUAUUUUCACUAAACGACGCCGAUCGCCAUGGUAGUAGUUGCCCUGCGCGACCUCGGAGCCCACGUUGCCACCAAAAUCUCUCCAAAAAAUCCCCAAUUCCCAACUAGAUUCCUCUCAAAUCCGAAGAUUCGGCGCGAGAUGUUAUUCAGAUGAGUUUAUUUCUCGAUCAGUUUUAGUUAGGGCUAGAGGAGAGAAUUUCUACUAAAUAUUUGCUUCUGAGAUCAAUAAAUGUGUUAUUGUGGUUGUAUGUUGUUUUUUAUCUCUCUUUUGGUAUAAAGUUGUGAUUUUUAUGACUUACUUGUUGUUUUAGCCGACUCUAGGGUUUGAUCUUAGCUUCAGAAAGAUCUGUUUUUGGGUACACGGAAAUCGUUGGGAGCUUCAAUAAAUCGAAACUUUAAUCGUAUUUGUGUAAUUUUGAUCAUUGUGGGACUAAGGUCCAAGUAGUAGUCUGAGUUAUUUGCAGGAAAUUUGUUGUUUAGAAACAAGAAGAAAAAAAAAAAAAAAUGGAGGGAAAUAUACAACCUGGUAAUAUGAUUCCAGGAUCUUCUUAUGGUGUUUUAGAUUUGCAAAGCUCCAUGGAUAUCAAUCACCAAAACCCCUCACACCCACUCUUUCACCCACCUCAGCAACAGCCAAAUAAUUUGGGCUCGGCGCUUAACCCAUCCAUGAAUGGCACCUUUCCUCUUUCAAUGAAUCAUAUGCCCGAGUGUAAUCACCAACACGGUGUUCUUUACAUGGACUAUAGCAAGGGAGAGAGGGGAAAGCAUUCAUUAAGUGACGAGGAGGAUCCUAGCCUCAUGGAGGAGGGAAACGACGGUCAUCAUGAAAAGGGAAAGAAGGGCUCUCCGUGGCAUCGAAUGAAGUGGACCGACGCUAUGGUUCGGCUUUUAAUAACCGCGGUUUCUUAUAUAGGAGAAGAUGCUUCGGCCGAUUGUCAUAUUGGUGGGAGGAGGAAAUUCGCAAUAUUGCAGAAAAAGGGGAAGUGGAAAGCAAUAUCCAAAGUUAUGGUUGAGAGGGGUUGUUAUGUGUCUCCUCAGCAAUGUGAGGAUAAGUUUAAUGAUCUCAACAAAAGGUAUAAAAGGCUUACGGAUAUCCUCGGUAGGGGAACAUCAUGUAAGGUGGUGGAGAAUCCUGCAUUGUUGGACGCUAUGGAUCAUAUUUCGGAUAAAUUGAAGGACGAUGUGAGGAAAAUAUUGAGCUCGAAGCAUCUUUUCUAUGAAGAGAUGUGCUCGUAUCAUAAUGGGAAUAGAUUGAACUUACCGCACGAUCUGGCUCUUCAGCGCUCUUUGCAGGUGGCUCUUAGAAGUAAAGAUGAGCAGGAAAUGAGAAGGGGUGCGAAUGAAGAUGCUGAUGAAGAUGAUCAGAGUGGAGAUACUGAAGAUGAAGAAGAUAAUAAUGGAGAGCAUCAUGUAUUACAUGGUGAUAUGGGUGACUCGUGCUUUAUUAAAAGGAUGAAGCAUGGAAUGGAUAAUGAAGAUAUGGCCUUUGCUGCAAAUUCUUCGGGUUCACAUGAUUGUGCUAGAAAAUCUCCUGUUAUGGGCAUUACUGUGGAUAUGAACCAAGCUUUUCCAGAUGGGUCCAACUUUGCUUUGUCGGAGAAGCAACUAAUGAGUUCUCAUUCAAUUCAACUUGAGGAACAGCGGUUGCAUAUUCAAGUUCAGAUGCUGGAGCUUGAGAAGCAACGGUUCAAGUGGGAGCGAUUCAGUAAAAAGAAGGACAGAGAAUUGCAGAAGAUGAGGAUGGAGAACGAAAGGAUGAGGCUUGACAAUGAGCGCUUAGCAAUGGAACUAAGGCAUAAGGAGAUUGAGCUUGAUCUUAAAUUAACGAGAAACCAGUGAUUCAUGAUAGUUUGAAAGCUGGUAUGCUAUCAUCUUUUACUUUUGUAGUUUUAAGGUUCGGACUUUUGUUCUAUAUUGUAAGCUCCACAAGUGAAAUGGGUGCUGUCGAUAUUAUUGAAUAUGGAAGCAAGUGCUGCACUAUAAGGCACUUGAGGUUGAGAAUAGAUUAGUUAUGUUUAUUGACAUUUGUAUGUUGAGUUAUUGCAGCACGAGUACUUGGAUUAGUUCCUUCUUCUGAAAAUGCUUUCUGUAUUUCUUGUGGCUGCUUAAUUGCUAGAGUUGAUAAGUUAGUAUGUUUCAAAUUAUUGGUGAACCAUGUGGUCACCCUGCUGUUAAUAUCUGUCAUUGCAGUA